UCUCUACUUUGUGCUUUGGGUUCAAGAUGGGAGCACUCAGCUUCCUCCUCCUGUUGCCACGCCUGCCACCCUUUGGAAGCAAAAGCCAAAAUAAACGCUUUCUUCUACAAGUUGGUCAUGGUGUUUUAUCCCAGCAGCAGAAAUGUAACUAAUACAUAUGGGUAGAAUUGAGCAUCCUUCCGUCUCAGUACCCUCUCUUCUCAUUGGCAAUGGUGUGGUUUUUAGUCAUUGACAGAUCUAGCUAUGAAAUAGCCCAUCAUCAUCAUCAUCAUCGUCAUCAUCAUCAUCAUCAUCAUCAUCAUUUAUGCCCGGCAACGCUAAGCAUAAAUGGGCAGCCCGUUCAUGGCGGUUCUCCAGUUGAUCCUAUCCUGGGCAGUCCUAGGUCUGUACCAUUUCCUGGAAAAAAGGAGGAGAAAAUGGCCCAAUUGCAGGAGAUGGUGACGUUCAGGGAUGUGGCUGUGGUCUUCAGCGAGGAGGAGCUGGGGCUGCUGGAUGCUGCCCAGAGGAAGUUGUACCGUGAUGUGAUGCUGGAGACCCUCAGGAUGCUACUCUCAGUGGCACCCCAGCCGUUCACACCGGGCCUGAUAGCCCAGCUGGAGAAUGAAGAGGAGCUCUGCAUGGUGGAGGCCCAAGGAGGUGAGAUCUCAGGAAGCCAGUGUGGACGUGCUGUGGAGAAUGAUGAAGACUUGGAGUUAAGCUCCCUUUGUCCCAGAGAGCUCGCCUCAUGUGAUACCUGGCCACAGGGUGCAGGCUUGUUACCCAGGGAUCAAGAUUCCAUGAAAAGAUGUCUAAAGAGCAACACUGAGUCUCAGAACCAGGGAGAUUCCUCCUUCCUGGUGUGCGCAGGGAGGCUGCUUCAGAUUUCUGAGGAUGGGAACUACGUGUUGCCUCCUGCAGAUGAUGACUCUGCCUCUAUGAGAAGUCAAGAGUUUCCUUCCCUGAGAGCCCACCAGUCUUGGCGGGAAUCGCAUCUCAGUGGGUCGUGUAAUUGCCAAUGGAAAGGUCAGCAAAUGCCCACAAGAAAUCAUUUCCAUGGAUGUGACAGCGUCAGUUGGUUCUCAUACCACAGUGACAAUGAGGGGUUACACAGAAAGGGGCAAAGCUAUAGUUUCCAUGACCUCAGAGAAGAGACCAUGAAGGUAUCGUCACUUAAGCAGGACUUGAUUAAAUUAGGGCCGGUACCCUGCCCAUGUAGUGAGUAUGGAAAAGCCUGUGGCCAUGGUGACGGCAAUGAGCCCAGCUCUCACACACAUCAGCAGUUCAACUCAAGAGGGAAGCCCUGUCCAUGCAGUCCACAUGGAGAGGGCUGUCAGGACAGGUCAGCUCUUCACAUCCAUCGGAGUGUGGAAACAGGAGAUGAAGGUACGGCUGAGAGUUCUCUUCUGUGGUCCCCUCUGAGAGUGUGUGCAGAGCAAAUGCUCUGCCAUGGCAGUGAGAACGCCCACCAUGCCUCCCCUCUCAGCACUUGUGGAUGUGCCCACCCGGGCGACACCUCCCAGAAGAGCGGCAUCCCUGAGAAAGCUUUGCCUUGUUUACACUGUAAUAGUAAUUUUAGGGUCCACACUAGGGAAGAGUCCAACAAGUAUGAGGAGAAUGGGAAUGUUUCUAGUCAGAGUUUAUAUCUUCAAGCUAGUCAGGAAAUCCACGCUGAAGAGAAACUAUAUCCAGGUGUGGAGUGUAGAAAAGAUUUCACACAUUGCUCAAAUUUUAACACUGAGCACAGAGUUCACGUGGAAGAGACUGUGUAUAACUCUGAGUGUGGUGACCACUUCAGUCUGCCCCCAAAUUUCCAGGACUUUUCAGCAGUGUACCCCAGGGAACAACCACAUAAACAUGCAUGCAGUACAAACUUCAAUCAAAAAUUGUGUAUUCCAAGCCAUCAACAACUUGACGUCAUUGAGAAACCUACUUAUAAAGAGGGUGGGAAUGGCUCUAACUGGAGUUCCAGCCCCCAAGAUCAGCAGAAACCUAAGCCACACAAAUACGACACCUGUGGGAAAUGCUUCAGUGACAGAUGGGUUCUUACCAUUCACCAGAGAGUCCACACAGGAGAGAAACCAUAUCAAUGUAAGGAGUGUGGGAAGUGCUUCAGCCAGAGUGCCUACCUACACUCCCACCGGAGAGUUCACACUGGGGAGAAACCAUACAAGUGUGAGGAGUGUGGGAAGGCCUUCAGUCGAAAUUCCUACCUGCAAGGCCACCAGAAAGUCCACACUGGGGAGAAACCAUACAAGUGUGAGGAGUGUGGGAAGGGCUUCAGUCGGAGUUCACACCUUCAAGGUCACCAAAGAGUUCAUACAGGAGAGAAACCAUACAAGUGUGAGGAGUGUGGGAAGGGCUUCAGCUGGAGCUUUAAUCUUCAAAUUCAUCAGCGGGUUCACACAGGAGAAAAACCCUAUAAAUGUGGAGAGUGUGGCAAAGGCUUCAGUAAGGCCUCAACUCUCCUGGCCCACAAGAGAGUCCACACAGGAGAGAAACCUUACCAGUGUGGUGAGUGUGGGAAGGAAUUCAGUCAGAAAUCAUACCUUCAAAGCCACCAGAGCAUUCACUCUGGAGAGAGACCAUAUAUAUGUGAGGUGUGUGGAAAGGGCUUCAGUCAGAGAGCAUAUCUACAAGGUCACCAGAGAGUCCAUACCAGAGUGAAACCAUAUAAGUGUGAGAUGUGUGGUAAGGGCUUCAGCCAGAGUUUCCGCCUCGAAGCACACCACAGGGUCCACACCGGGGGAAAACCAUACAAGUGUGAUAUGUGUAUGAAGGGAUUUAGUGAGAGUUCCCAUCUCCAAGCACAUCAGAGGAUCCACACAGAAGAAAGACCCUACAAAUGUGAACAGUGCGGUAAAAGCUUUAGUGGGUAUUCCAGUCUCCAGGCCCAUCACAGAGUCCACACUGGUGAGAAGCCAUACAAAUGUGAGGUGUGUGGGAAAGGCUUCAGCCAGAGGUCAAAUCUUCAAGCUCAUCAGCGACUUCAUACAGGAGAGAAACCCUACACGUGUGAUGUGUGUGGUAAGGGUUUUCGGUGGAGCUCAGGCCUUCUGAUCCAUCAAAGAGUCCACAGCAGUGAUAAUUUCUGUAGGGGGGAAGAGUACAGGAAUGGUCAGACUUCUGAGAAUCUAUGUAGAAAUGAAGGCCUGUCAAAUGCUGUUCUGUUUUACGAGGCUGGCCCAGAAUUCUCAGGGAUCUGCCUGACUCUGCCUUCUGAGUGCUGGGAUCAAAGGUCACAAGGCUUGGCUGCUAAACUUGCCCAGGACCACUUGUGCGGGGCAGCAGCACCGCUCACACUAGACGAUGGUGGUGCACAGCACGGGAGAGGGGGUGUUCCGGCAGUCGGGGGUCGCUUCCGCUUCUGCAAGGCGAGGCUGCCUGGCAGUGGUUCUAGGGAGGGAGAUCCCGGAGCGGCCCGUGGCCCAUCGUGUGUGCUCCUCGUGCUACCGGAGUCUUCCCCGCUGGGACCGAGCCUGCAACCUGGGAGGAAGCGGGGCGGCCGUGGCUGGGUCCUCUCUCUCUGGACUCUGCCUGAGGUGGCGCUACCUUGGAUCUCUGGACCCAUCUCAGCUGCUGGGAGCCAACGGGAGAGUCUAGCUUUUCCCCUGGAGCUGGGCAAUAGGAGCUGUGAUGACAGAUGCCUGUGUCCCAGAGCCCUGCCUUGUCCCAGGGAGAAGAAGAGAACAAUGACCAAGUUAAAGGAGGCAGUGACGUUCAGGGACGUGGCCGUGGUCUUCAGCGAGGAGGAACUGGGGAUGCUGGACGCUACCCAGAGGAAGCUAUACCGUGACGUGAUGCUGGAGAACUUCAGGAACCUUCUGUCAGUGGGAGGCCAGGGUCCAAACAAGAUGGAGACUCUUCUUGCAGCAGGAUUAAGGUGCCUCUCACUGGGGCAGCUUCCAUGCUGGCAAAUGAUGAGUCCUGAUGUCAGCAAACUGGCCCGAGCACCCGGUGCCAUGGUAAACACCCGCCAUAGGGGAGCAGAAGAGCUGUCCUGGGCUUGCAUGGAUGACAGCUGUCUUGAGAGUCUCACAGGAGAACGUUCUAGCAUUACUGAAAACCAACAAUAUCCGUCUGGGAGAACUCAGAGGAGUUCUUGGAGUAAAACAAAUCUUAGCGAUAGGCAGACCCAUCAGAGACACUGUCAGCAGCCUCUGGUGAAAACCAAGCCAUGGCUGCCACCUCUGGGUGGUGACAUUCUGGGUUGCAUUUCCCCCUGCAAUAACAAAAUGCUGCACAAAGGAGGCGAAGCCCACAGCAGCGGCGACUGCAGUAAAGUCAGUUUUGCAGUGUCGCCCUGCACCCCGCACCUUGUUUCCACAGAGCAGAAGGCCCAGCAGUGCAGCAAGAGAGAAGAAACCUUCAGUGGCCGCCCGAGUCUGGGACUCCAUCAGAAGGUCCUCUUAGGAAAGAAGUCCCCUGUACACAGGACACACGAGGACAGCAGGCAUAGCUCCAGUGUCUCCACUCAACAAAAUGUUCAUCCAGGGAAAAAGCGCUACUGGUGUCACGAGUGUGGCAAGGGCUUCAGUCAGAGCUCAAAUCUGCAGACGCACCAGAGAGUUCACACGGGGGAGAAGCCCUUUACCUGCCCUGAGUGCGGGAAGAGUUUUAACCAGAGCUCGCAUCUGUAUGCACAUCUGCCCAUCCACACGGGCGAGAAGCCCUACCGGUGCGACAGCUGUGGGAAAGGCUUCAGCCGGAGCACAGACCUCAACAUCCACUGCCGAGUCCACACGGGAGAGAAACCUUACAAAUGCGAAGUGUGUGGGAAGGGCUUCACGCAGAGGUCACACCUCCAGGCCCAUGAGAGAAUCCAUACAGGAGAGAAGCCGUACAAAUGUGGGGACUGCGGCAAAGGCUUCAGCUGUAGCUCGAACCUCCACACCCACCAGAGAGUUCACACCGAGGAAAAACCCUACAGGUGUGAUGCGUGUGGGAAGCGCUUCAGCUUGAGCUUCAACCUGCACAGUCACCAGCGAGUCCACACAGGAGAGAAGCCCUAUAAGUGCGAGGAGUGCGGGAAAGGUUUCAGUUCAGCCUCAAGCUUCCAGAGCCACCAGCGGGUCCACACGGGAGAGAAGCCGUUUCGCUGCAGCGUGUGUGGGAAGGGCUUCAGUCAGAGCUCGUACUUUCAAGCCCACCAGAGAGUUCACACUGGGGAAAAACCAUACAAAUGUGAUGUGUGUGGGAAGCGCUUCAACUGGAGCUUGAACCUUCACAAUCACCAGAGAGUCCACACGGGAGAGAAGCCUUAUAAAUGUGAGGUGUGUGGGAAAGGCUUCAGUCAGGCCUCAAAUCUGCAGGCCCAUCAGAGUGUCCACACCGGGGAGAAGCCAUUCCAAUGCAAUGCAUGCCCGAAACGGUUCAGUCAGGCCUCACACCUCCAGGCUCACCAGAGAGUGCACACGGGCGAAAAGCCCUACAAAUGUGACACGUGUGGGAAAGCCUUCAGCCAGAGGUCCAAUCUCCAGGUCCAUCAGAUCAUUCACACUGGGGAGAAGCCGUUCAAGUGUGAGGCGUGCGGGAAGGAAUUCAGCUGGAGCGCCGGACUUAGUGCUCACCAGAGGGUCCACACGGGUGAGAAACCCUACACAUGCCAGCAGUGUGGGAAAGGCUUCAGUCAGGCCUCGCACUUCCACACGCACCAGAGGGUCCACACCGGGGAGAAGCCCUACAUCUGCAGCAUCUGCUAUAAGGGUUUCAGUCAGAGGUCACAUCUGGUCUACCACCAGCGGGUCCAUACUGCGGGCAAUCUGUAGGAGCCCUGUAAGGCAUCUCAUCUCCCUGGAAAU